CAACGCGUGAGCCUCGGUUUUCCCCACAUCUCAAAUCCCACUUUCGUCGUCCGGCGGCCUCAACCCCAGUCGAGUCCCCAUUGAUCAAUUAUGAAGUUGGCCUUUUCUUUAUCAGCGCAACAGCUGGGACAUGGGUCCCUUCAUCUGGAAUGGCAGAAAAAGUCCUCCAUGUUCUUGGCGGCCGUUGGGGGAUCGCAUGUAGUGUACAUCUUCGACCGAAGCGCACAGGUUGUGGAUACCUUUCCGUUGGCUGGAGAAUGCCGUGGAAUGGAAUGGUCUCCCGACGGCAGCGUCCUGGCCGUCAUACAAGCAAAGUCUUCAUAUAUCUUCCUGUGGGAUGCCGAUUCUCGCAAGGCAUCAGCUAAUCCUUUCGACACCGGAAUGAAGCAUCUACAUUUCCUCAAGUGGUCGCCUAAAGGGGACUACCUUGCGGCAGGUACCGCGAAAGGAAAUCUGUUCAUCUGCGACAAGACGGGGUCCGAGAAGGUCCCAAUUCUCGGCAAACACAACAGGUCAAUAUGUGCUGGCUGCUGGAGCUGGGACAACAUUCUAGCCUGUGGGUCAGAAGACAAUACGUUCUCUUUGUCGAACUCAGCUGGGGACACGGUGUUUUCGAUGGGGAUAUCCGGCGAGCCGUCCUUGAUGGAAUGGGCGAACAUGAAAAAUGCAAAUGGCACCGAUGACCCGGUGCUGUCGAUGAUUGUGGGUCAUAAAUCCCUCCUCGUACACAACAUCAACCAACCCGACAAACCGGUAGAACUCGCCUUCCAAGCAAAAUAUGGUCGGGUCGCAUCAUAUCAAUGGUUCGCCGAUGGAUUUGUUCUGGUCGGAUUUGAGACAGGCUAUCUGAUCGUCAUUUCCACGAGUCCAGCAAAUCUGGGGCACGAGAUUUUCGCCACUAAGAAUCAUAAGACCGCGUUGAGCAGUGUAGCAGUGUCGCUGGUGCUAGGAAAGGCAGCGUCUUGUGGUGACAACACCGUGAAAGUCCACGAGCUGGCUGAUCUGCGGGAUGUAUAUGCCGUCGAAAACAUUGAUGAUGUCAGCCCGUUGGAUAAGGUGCAAUGGUCUGAGGAUGGCCAGUUUCUCAGCACGAGCACGAAAGACGGGUCGAUAUAUACCUACGUCGCGCAGAUGCCUAUGCUUGGAAGUGCUUCCGGAACAGCUGUGGCAUAUUUGUCCGGCCUGCGUGAAAUCAGCGUAUUGGACCUCACUGCAACGCUCCCACCAUUUCGGAAAGAACUGGAGAUGGAGCCGACACACAUUGCCCUUGGAGGUUCUUAUCUAGGUGUCGUCUCCAGAAAUAGCGCCGGAUUUUUCAGAUUUGUGGAUACUCCAACAGACGCAGCCACCAAUGGCCCCACACUUGCCGACUCUCUGGUCAUGCUAAAGGACUAUGAGCAACCCGUAAAGCGAAUAUGUAUGAACGGCCACUACGCUGCCGUCCUACUCGAAGACGGCCAGCUGUACGUCCACUCCAUCCAAGACGACACCCGCUCCGACAAACGCCCGCCCCAGAGUCCCCUCCACGACAUCACGAGUUUCACCCGCGGUGUCGCCCCGCCACCCGGCGAGAUCUCCGAACGGUUCUAUCCGGAUAGUGAUAGCGACAAGUCGAAAUCGGGAAAAUCGGCCAUCACGUGUGUGGCGCUGACUCCGGAGUGCUUGGUGUUUGGAACGGCUACGAAGAGUGUGAAGCAUUAUUUGUUGGAUAGUUGGACAUUGGCGUCGGAGUUUACGCAUAUGCAAGCAAUACGAGCAGUCUACCCACAACCUCGGGGAGGGACCAAGCUCGUAUUCGUUGAUAAGGCGAAAGAUGGGUUCUUGGCGGACCCUGCAUCCAACAACGUGAUGCCAAUACCAAGGUGGUCAGCAAAUGCUAAAGGGGUUGUCUGGGAUUCGGAGCCACCCGCAGGAAGGGCGAUCUUCGUGGCAUGGGAUGACACCACCAUCAACACCUACGUGUACCAGGCCUCCACCGUGAAGGGGCCGACGUGCACGAGCUUGGGCAGUACCCGGCUGCCUGCCGGCCAAAAGCCCGUUCUGUUGUUCAACGGCACCGUCACCUGCCAGACGCUGACGGGUCGAGUCGCCACGGUCAAUUUGGCUACCCAUGCUUCAUUAGAGCCGUCGGACGUGAUGAAAGCGGAUGAACCAGAGCAAGGAAAGAUCCUGCAGCUAUUCUAUAUGCUCGGCAUGCUCAAAAACCUAUGGGCCCUCAUCGGGCUAAUCAAAGCCCGCAGGCCGUGGAUCACACUAGCGGAAACCGCGCUGCGGAUGAUGGACAUCGCCACGGCAAAUCGCAUAUACAGACAAGCACUUCAGGAUGCCAGCAUGGUUUGGACCCUGGACCAGCUGGCGAGCGUUGAAGAGAAGAAUCUUUUGGCUGGACAUGUUUCUGCUAUACUUGGGGAUGCGACAGUCGCUCAGGACUUUUUCCUCAAGAGCUCGUACCCCAAAGCCGCGCUUGAUCUACGCCGUAAUCUGAUGCAUUGGGAGCAGGCAUUGGGGCUUGCAAACACACUUGCUCCGGAGCAGAUUACCGUCAUCGCAAAGGAGUAUGCCAAACAGCUCGAGAUGAACGGCCAGUAUGCAGAAGCGCUAGCGAUGUAUGAGCGCGCCCUCUCCACAUCCGAACACCACCCAGGCAAAGAACAAGCAAGGGACGAGCACCAGAUCUUCUGCAGCGGCGGUUUGGCAAAGAUGACGCUCCGGAUGGGCGAUGUAUCGCGAGGAAUGAAGAUGUUGUCCGACACAACGGAUAAACAGCUCCUCUUCGAUUGUGGCAUGAUCUUGGAUUCGCUCAGGCAGUAUAACGAGGCGGGAUUGUGCUUUGAGAAGGGGGGGUAUUGGGAGAAGGCUGCCGAAGUUUGGAUCAAAGCAAAAACUUGGUCAAAGCUCGGAAACAUCCUGGACCGGGUCAGCAGCCGCCAGAUCUUCGUGCAAUAUGCCAGAGCUCGGGAAGAUGUGCGAGACUAUACCGAAGCGGCGAGAGCGUACGAGAAGGCAAAGGACUACGACAAUGUGGUCAGACUCUUCAUCGACCACUUACAGAACGUCGAAGGAGCCGUUGCGAUUGUUCGGAGGACACGAUCGAGAGAGUCUGCAAGGCUUGUGGCAAAAGUAUUCCAGUCCAUGCGGGACUACCGAGCAGUGGUCGAGUUCUAUUUGAUGGCUGGGAUGCGACAGGAGGCAUUCGAGCUCGCUCAGCAAAAGGAUGUGAUGGAGCACUUUGCGGAGAUGGUGAAGGAAGAUGCUUCGUCGGAAGAACUGGCAAACAUUGCGACCUUCCUGGAGAACAAAGGAAACUUUUUGCUUGCUGGGAAGUAUCUGCUGCAGGCGGCAGAGUACCCUCGCGCAUUGAGGAUGUUCCUACAGAGUGCGCCGGAGGGCAUCGAGCUCGCCAUCGAAACAGUAGGGGUGGCCAAGAGCGAUACUCUGACGCAUCAGCUCAUCGAUUUCCUUAUGGGCGAAACGGACGGCGUGCCGAAGGACGCGAAGUACAUCUUCAAAUUGUACAUGUCGUUAGGACAAUAUCGGGAAGCUGCCAGGACUGCUAUCAUUAUUGCACGGGAAGAGCAAGCAUUAGGGAACUAUCGCGCCGCGCACGACUUGCUCUUUGACAAUUACAAGCAGCUACGCGCGACGAGAAACCAUGUCCCGGCAGAGAUUGAACGCAUGCUGAUGCUGGUACAUAGCUACAUGCUCGUCAAGGCUCUCAUCAAACACAAUGACCAUGAAAAAGGCGCACGGAUGCUCAUCCGCGUGGCAAAUAACAUCAGUAAGUUCCCGGCCCACGUCGUGCCAAUCCUCACCUCGACGGUAGUGGAAUGCUACCGAGUAGGGUUCAAGCGAGCCGCGUUCGAAUACGGUGCGAUCCUGAUGCGGCCAGAAAACCGCAAUAAGGUGGAUGCAAAGUACAAGGCACGGAUUGAGAAGAUUGUCAGACGGCCGGAGAAGGACGAAACUGAGGAGCCGAUGUCUCCAUGUCCUUUCUGCAAUGCACCCGUCGCAAACACAACAUUGGAUUGUACGGAGUGCAAAAACCACAUUCCAUAUUGCAUCGCGACGGGUCAGCACAUGGUCCUAUCCAACUGGACCGUCUGUCCUUCGUGCGCCUUUCCCGCUUUGUACACUGAGUUUCGAGAUUUCCUCGACAAAACGCCAUCAUGUGUGAUGUGCUCGGCUACAUUGAACGCAUCGCAAUUGAGACAACUGUCAGAAGCCGAAGCUUCUUCUAUACUUCACGGCAAAAAGCAGGAGACGGAUGAGACAGAUGGCAAAGAAACGGCUGUCAAAGAAACAGAGUCGGAGAACGGGCACUUGAACAAGUCUAGAUCCUCUUUGCGGCGAAGCAAAGAAAGUGUGCGCAUUGUAAAAGGUGGUUCUACGGGAAAUGUGGCGGCGGAUACGGGCGAGAGGGUUGAGGGGAUGUGAAAACAAUCACAUAUGUGCUGUGUCCUACGGGCGUCCUAUUCACACAGUUUUUGCAAGUAUCUUCCUAGAGUUCGCUAAGGUCGCUACUAUUACGAAAGGCAAAAAGUAUAAACAGAAAUAAAGCCAAAAUUGUAUGCGAAGUAGGUCUCAAAAGAACCGUCAGGGUUUUAAAGCGUUCGCUUUCGAAGGCAUGUCGUGACAUGACUUCUGGCGCUUACUUCCGACUCUGGAUCAGCUGUUCGAUUUUCGCCAAAAGAUCCUUUUUGAUGUAGGGCUUGACAACGAAGUCGUCCAUGCCGACUGCGAGGGCUUUUUGCUGGUAUUCGGUGCGCGCAUUCCCGCUGAUAGCGACUAUCGGAACGCGUGAUGGGGUAUGAUCCAAUGACGACACAGACUGAGAGCUUUCACUCUUUCUUAUAGCCGUUGUCUAUAAGAAGUAACAUUUUAGUAAGCUACCAGGAAGUGUGUUUGUGUGUAAUUAACCUACCGCC